CAUCGUGCAUUUUAUUACCCUUCCUCGAGUUAUACGGUGCAGAGUGUAAGCAAUAUUUUAGUCGUCCGAAUUAUUACUUGCAGAAUAAACAAGAUAGGAUGAGAACACUCUUUUAAAUCGCAUUGUUUCGGACAGACUCGUCGUGUUGAUGUUCACACUGAAAAAAAGUUUUUGACCAAGGUUAUGUUCAUACACACACACACAUCAAACUCAUAAAUUGACUGGAUAAUAAAUACGUCAGUAAUUUCAGUUGGUAAUUAAAUACAAAUAUAAUAAAGAAAGUGUCCAGAAAUUUCACGAUGGGGAAAGCUAUUGUGCUCAUGUUGUGCAUAUUUUACCAUGUUUAAAGAACUCGGACGGAGCAAAAUACAAUUGGUGAAAGCAAGGCCUAAUUUAAUUACCUUUGACCAAAAAAUGCAGAACACUGGAACAUGCAGCAAAUUUCUGGCCUAUUUUUUACUGAUAUCGAGUGAUACUGUUUGUUAAUAAUUGUGAUUACGUAGAAUCAGAAUCCCGAUCCAGAAUUGCGAUGCUAUGCUAGUGACUCAUCACCAAUCCUACUUAUUCAGUAUUUGUUGCUCGGAGUUGGAUUAGUAGCAGUGUGGAUUUUCAAUUGUCUGUGUAUGUUGAAAGUGGAUAAGUUGAAUGAAAUUCGUACAAUUUUUAAACAUUCCAAUACAAUUCGAUCUCAAAACCUGAAACAUAUUUCAAGAAACGGCCCAAAACUGAUUGAAAGACCAUUGUGGACAAGAAUUGGAUGAAAAACUUGUACGCGUAACACCAUUCAUCAUCACUCAAGGCAUUCGCACUCAGUCAGUGCAGUGGAUAUCGCUUGUUCCUCAUCAACUUCCACUAAGCACUCGUUGGCGAGUUUAUUUUCGACAAUUGCAGACACAAGGCACGCCAGAAAUGUGCUUCCGAGGUUCAGUGCAGGAUGUGUGAAUGAAAGACUUAAACCAACGCAAACAAUUGUGAACGCGACACAGAAGAUAUAAUUUUAUUUCACUUUAAACUCUUUGUUGCAAGUCCCUACUCGCACAAAGGACAAGUGAUUUAGGAAGUUGGGGUGUCACCCGAAUUGUUACGCCAUGCCAUGGAUUUUGGUUUGAUAUGAUACGACGACUAUGCUACCUGGUUGUUACACUAGUGGUGAUUUUAUGUGAUAUUAAAAAUAAGUAAAAAAAAAAAUAUAACAACGCUCUUCCGAUUUCACUUCUGUCGAUUGGUGGACUCUACACCGCACAAACCUUUCAAAAUGUCGUAUUUACGAGGCUCAGCAAAUUAUGUGUGGUGCACAACUUCAGUUUUGGGAAAAGGAGCGACGGGUGCUGUUUUUCAAGGCGUCUCUAAGCAUGACGGGGAGCCGGUAGCUGUAAAAACUUUCAAUCAAUUAAGUCACAUGCGUCCUCAAGAAGUUCAAGUUCGCGAAUUUGAGGUCCUCAAGAAAGUCAAGCACGAAAAUAUUGUCAAAUUGCUGGCGAUCGAGGAGGAACAGGAUGGGAGGGGCAAAGUCAUUGUGAUGGAACUUUGUACUGGAGGAAGCCUCUUUAACAUCUUGGAUGAUCCAGAGAACAUGUACGGACUUGCGGAGGACGAAUUCCUUCUGGUGCUAGAACACUUGUCUGCCGGAAUGAAACAUCUCCGAGAUAACAAUUUGGUGCACAGGGACUUGAAACCUGGAAAUAUAAUGAAGUUUGUUGCUGAGGACGGUCGAAUAAUUUAUAAGUUGACAGAUUUUGGAGCGGCCAGAGAGUUGGAAGAAGACCAAGAAUUUGUUUCCCUCUAUGGCACUGAAGAAUACCUUCAUCCUGAUCUCUAUGAGCGUGCAGUUUUGCGAAAACCAGUUGGGAAGACAUUUGGUGCGUCCGUCGACUUAUGGUCAAUAGGGGUGACAUUAUAUCACGUAGCUACUGGAAAUUUACCAUUCCGACCUUACGGAGGGCGUAAAAAUAAGGAAAUGAUGUACUACAUCACCACCAAGAAGGAAUCUGGUGUAAUUUCCGGGUGCCAGACCACUGAAAAUGGACCUGUAGAGUGGAAACGGGAUAUGCCAAAUAGUUGUCAACUUAGCGCUGGUUUAAAAAUCCUUGUUACUCCACUUUUAGCAGGACUAAUGGAAGUGGAUCCUAGAAAACGCUUAAGCUUUGAUAACUUUUUCGCUGCCGUCCAAAAUGUACUUUGCCGUAAAAGAGUUCACAUCUUUUUUGUGAAUAAAAUUCAAUCGCUUCGAGUCUACAUGGACUUGGAGGAGCAUAAAACCCUCACCAACUUCCAGUGUCUGAUUAUGGAACAGACAGAUAUUCCUCCAGAAAAUCAAGUCAUUUUAUACAAGGACAGCACACUUGAAUCCAUACUCGACAAUGGGAGAAAGUCAAAUUCUAGCAUUCCCAAUACUUCCGAUGAUACUCCAUUGAUAUUAUGUCAUCGAGAGAACAAUAAUGUGUCAUUGGAUUGGGACACUAAAGAUUUGCCAAAGUUUACAGCCUUCCCUAACUUGGUCAACGUGGAGAAUGAUGCGAGUUUGGCUAAGCACAUUUGUGGAGUUGGUUACUCAUAUCGUCGAAGAGUAGAGAAGAUAUGUCGUUCCGUGAGCCUCAUAAAUGAAGCAGUGCGUACAAUCAGCAAAGUCAUUGUAUCCGAACUUUCAAGCGUUUCAAAAGAAGGCUCCCAAUUGCAAACUGUGAUUCAAUCCAUCACUCAGCAGCUUGGUCUUAUGAUUCAGUUUCAAAAAGUAUGCCAGUCAUUUGUAAGUGCGCUACCACACACGGGGGACAAAGGAGCGCAUGACAAGGUGGAUUCCAUGGGACAGCUUUCUGAACUCCAACAAACGGAGUUUCGCAGCUUAAGUGCUCACCUUCUCACGCUGGAACAACCCAUCAAGCAACUUCACAGCCGAUUUGUGGAAAAUGGUGUUUUGAUGGCAGAGUGGGAGGAAGUUACAUCUGGUGUUAAAGACAUCUCCAGGGCUUCCAUCAAAGGUGCAACUCAUGUUACCAAGCUGCGAGAUUCUUGGCAACAUCUUUUGCGGGAUCGAGCCACCAGAAAUCUUACUUAUAAUGAUGAACAGUUUCACAUCUUGGAACGGAUAAAGAUGCAGGAGAAAUCAAAAUGCCUUGCAGAAUUGCUCAAUGAAGAAUGUCAGCUCACAAUUGUUCGCCUCACCGAAGUCCUUUCCGAUUGGUACAAAACUUCCCAAGCAGCCUUCAUUCAAACUGAAAUCUUGACCAAAGAUACCGUGCAGUUUGAAGAGACGCUUCACCUCUACCUGUUAAGACUGAAAGACGCUGUGGACACGUAUCAGUUGGACAUGGUUGGCUUGAGUGGCGGUCUCAAACCUUUCAGCCAGCGCCCUGCGAGUGGAAGCAACCGUCCAAGCCUUCAUAAUGGGGUUGAUAACUGUGAUAAAAGUUUAGCAGAAAGCGUAGACGUAGGAUAUCCUGCUAACGGCAGGCGUAGCAGUCAUCGAAGUCGCAAAGAAUACGUCAAAACUUUUAAUAGAGGACUCAAGGAGUUGACCAAUGUUCAAGAAGAGGUGUGGACAAUUCUGAAGGAGAAUGCAGAGCUGGUCAACCAAUUCCAAACACUGACGUUAUCCUUGUUGUCUCCUGCAGAAGGGGUCGUAUCAUACGACUCGAACUCUAGUUCGACAAGGAAUAGUUUAAGCAAAAAUGAUUCCUCAGAUUUGUCCAACAAGUCAAGUGGUAGCAUGUGAACAUGUGCACUUUCAUAAAGGUCACAUUCAACCAGGACUGAGACCAACGCAACAUGUAAACGUUUUUUUAAGAUGAUGUAUUCUAAUUAUAUGCUUGGUUGAGGCUACACUGAAAGUAGUUGAGCAAAACCAACUUGACCUUUACAAAAAAAUACUUUUUUUCUUGAUCGAUCGAUAUUAAAAUUAUGCGCAUUUACUGAAUAUUCUUCUGUUCCUUUUUAAUCACACAGUUUGAUUCACGAGUCAAAUAUGUCCUCUGUUGUGAUUUUUGUUUUAAAAUUAUGAUAAAUAAAAAGAUUACAAAACUUA